AUGGCGAGCCUCUUCAAGGAUGCUCCGUGCACCGACCCCCCCAGUUCUACACCUAGCGAUGCUGGCGUUGCAGGUGCUGGUAUUCUCAUCUCCUUCAUCAUCGCCGCAGCUGUGGCCUUGGUUCUCUCCAUGUCCCUCAUCUUCUCCGAGUCGCGCGGCAAGACGUCGACAGUCCGCCGCAAGCUGCUAGACGGCUACAGCGACUCGCAGCUGCUGCAGGGCAUCGGCAUCCAGAGUGUCGGCCUGGCCAAGACAAAUACCCUCGUGCCCUAUCACAUUUUUCUUAUCUGGAUGAUGUCGCUGCUCGCCACGGCCACCCAUAACGCCACCCUGCUAGCUCUGGUCCACGACUACCGCCGUGACUGGGUCAUCCGCUGGCUUCGUCAGUCCCUCAUGUUCGUCAACCUCGCUCUGUCAUGCGUACUGGGCGUCUUCGUUCUUCAAGCCGUGUCGAGAGGCCUUGACGAUGAGACGCUACCCAUCGCCUGCGUCUGGAACUCGGAGACCCAUGGCGGCUCCCGCUCGAGCACCGUCGGUCUGUCAUACGUCGGCACCGUUAUUGUCAUCAUAGGAAACUGCGUCGUAUUCGGCCUCGCCACGUGGUACCUGCACGCUCGUCAGCGUCGGUUUCACAACGCCGUACAGCUUGUCGGUAUCAUCCUCAUGGCCGCUAUCGCCAUAGGUGCAGCUGUUCGUAUCGUCCUCCUCUCGCAGGCCUUUGGCCACCCCUCAGUCAAACUUACCGACCAGGGUGAGAAGGAGUGGAGUUUCGGUCAACUCCUCUCUGUACUACUCCUCAUCCUGCCGCUCGUCUCCAUCGUCGACAUCUACCGCGGCGAGGUCAAGCUUGCCGACCCUGUCGAGUGUGAUCGCGAACCCAUUGACGACGGCGACGAAGUCAAGGCGUGA